GAAAAGGAUAAAAUUGGGCCUCUAACAUUUGGACGACCCAAGCAGAAUAUACCAUUAUCCUACCCGCCUUAAAUCGUUUUAGACUCUGCCAUCUCUCCUCUAGACAAACAUACAAAUGAAAGAGAGCAACAGAAUACAAAAACCACAAGUAAAACGAUGAGUCCAGUCCAUCUAAGCAGCAUUUCUCAGCAACCCUUUUCUCCAUUCCUCCUUAAUUUUCAUUCCAGUUCCAAACCCAUUAACGAUACAAGAAUCAAAGCAUCAUCAUCAUCAGGAAAAGCCGAAAAGAAGAUAGAAAUUCGAGUUUGCACAAACAGGACGUGCAGGAAACAAGGUUCCUUAGACACCCUUCAAGUUUUAUCUGGAAUUUCCCCUCCCUUUGUAACCGUUAACUCAUGUGGUUGUCUUAGCAAUUGUGGUGCUGGACCAAACAUCGUCGUUUUACCUGAUGCUCUAUUUGUCAAGCAUUGUGGUACUUCUACUCGAGCUGCUGAGAUUAUGGCGUUUCUAUGUCUUGGUAGGGAUGACGUGGAAGGGGAAAGUAGGAAAAGCUUGGAAGCCUUAGCUUUGAGGAAAAGAGCUGAGGAUGAAAUGGGUAAUGGUAAUUUUUCUGAGGCCCAUUGUUUACUUUCUCAGGCUAUUGAUCUAAAACCGUUUGGAGGUGUUCAUAUUAUGCUCAAAGACAGGUCUGCUGCGGAGUUGGCAAUGGGAAAUUUGGCUGAGGCACUUGAAGAUGCUAAGGAAGCGUUAACUAUUGCUUCCAACUAUCCUGAAGGUUAUAUCUGCCAAGGUGAUGCUUUGAUGACUUUGGAUCAAAUUGAUGCAGCCGAGAGGUCAUACUCCAUGGCUUUAGAGUUAGAUCCAUCCAUCCGUCGUUCAAAAUCUUUCAAGGCUCGGAUUGCAAAGCUUAAGGAGAAACUUGUUGCAAAUUCAGCAUGAGGAACCUGCUUGUAUGUUUUACUAAUUAGGAUCUCUGUCAACAUAAUUUGCCUAUCGUAUGUAGGUAUUGCUGAUGUAGAAUAUGUUCCAAGUAUGCCAAGUCUAUAGAUGUGAACCACCACUGAUAUAAAUGAUUCCUUGUGUUGUAGUGCAUUGUCUUAGUUUGACAUUGUAUACAGAAUAAACUGUACAGAGAAGAUUGUUUUGUUCAUUGCCUAGAUUGUUUUGUUUAUUGACUA